AUGGACUCAUUGGUCAUCGCGCAGUUCCUAGAGUCAAUCUACUCAGAGCCUCCAGUGCCACUGACAUCGGAACUGGGUCGCCAGAUCCAGGUUAAAUCUCGGUCUAUACUCGGCAAGACACUCAGCGACUCAAUAAUGCCACGCGAAAUAUACAUCCUGUCUCCGCGCGCCCAGGAAUACUUCAGACGUACACGCGAGGCCUCAAUUGGGCGUUCGCUCGAGGAUGUACUUGAUCCGACAAAAGAAGAGCAAGAUUGGCUCGCCAUAGAUCCCGAAUUGCGGGCCAUUGGAGAGUUGAUGCGGACAAACAAGGAUGAGGGGCCUUUUAUAUUAGGCGCAAAGCCUACGUAUGCCGAUUUCUUCAUUGCUGGUACUCUGCAGUGUGCUAGGAUGGUUGACGAAGGCGUGUUUCAGAGAUUCAUGAAGUAUCCUGGGUAUAAGGGUAUUUACGAGGGAUGUCGGCCUUAUAUGGAGAGGAAUGAUUGA